UCUCUCUCUCUCUCUCUUCUCCCUCUCCCCCUGGACGAAAGGAUCGCCGAUUAUCUCUCUCGUAACUGUUUGCAGUCUUAUGUUUCUUGGUCCAGUCAAGCCUGUCCCAACUCUGCAAAGAUAGUACAAAAAUAUCUAAGAAAUAUCCAAAUUCAGAUAUUUUUUGAAGAUCCAAACUAAGAUUUUCGGAAUUAUUGUUUGACCAUAUUGUAUUUUAGUACAAUGAUUUUCUUGGUAAUUUCGGUUUGGAUCUAGCUCAAUUAUGGCGGUUAAUGAAGCUUUGCAGGGUGAAAGCAAUUUGUUGGGUUUCAAGCCAUUUUUAGCCAGCUAACAACAUCUGGUGUAAAUUGGCAUCACUUGUAUAUAUAUUUGGUUACGGAUUAUCAUUUGACAUCACUUUGUAACUGGUGAAUACCCAUCGUGUUAGGUUUAGAAGGGUCUGUAGUUGCAGAGGUUUGGUCUUUGCAGCCAACGCUAUGCGCCAUUCUUUUUCCCGAUUCAAGAAGUUUUUUUUUCAAUCUGAACUUGGGCCGUUUUUACUACUAGUCUUUUGUCUGACUGAUAGAGUAUCCUGAUGAGUGUUGAUAGUGAUGAGGAUAGGCAACUGCUGGAGCUGAAUCACCGUUCAUGGGACGGGAAGGAAAGGGUUAAGAAUGGAGUGGUAGAUGAGGAAAGAAGGUUAGUUGAGGAAGAUGAGUCGAAAAGUAUUGGAAUAGCUGGAGAUGUAAACGGUGGGGAAGGAGGGGGUGUUCAAGUCCAGGCUGUUAAGCAACAGCCUCAAGGGUCAACGGUUUGCUGGGAAAGGUUUCUACAUGUUAGAUCUCUUAAGGUUUUACUGGUGGAAUAUGAUGAUUGUACUCGCCAUGUUGUCACUGCACUGCUUCGCAAUUGCAGUUAUGAAGUGAUUGCAGCAGCAAAUGGAUUGCAAGCAUGGAAGAUUCUGGAAGAUUUGACUAAUCAUGUUGAUCUAGUCUUAACUGAGGUAGUUAUGCCAUGCUUAUCCGGUGUUGGGCUUUUAAACAAGAUUAUGAGCCAUAAGACGAGGAAAAAUGUUCCUGUGAUUAUGAUGUCAUCUCAUGAUUCAAUGGGUCUCGUCUUUAAGUGUUUGUCAAAGGGUGCUGUUGACUUUUUAGUGAAGCCUAUACGAAAGAAUGAGCUUAAGAACCUCUGGCAGCACAUUUGGAGGAGAUGCCAUAGUUCUAGUGGUAGUGGAACUGGAAGUGAAAGCGGCACACAAACUCAAAAGUCUGUAAGAUCAAAAAGUGUUGCAAAGUCUGAGAACAAUAGUGGAAGCAAUGAUGAGGAAGAUAAUGCGAGCACUGGUUUGAAUGUUGGAGAUGGAAGUGACAAUGGGAGCGGCACUCAGAGUUCCUGGACAAAAAAAGCUGUAGAAGUUGACAGUCCGCGACAAGUGUUCUCAUGGCACCAGGUAGCCGAGUGUCCUGAUAGUACUUGCGCCCAAGUAGUUCACUCAAAUGCUGAAUCACUUGGUAACAAAUUGGCCCCUCCAGCUGCAACAAGGGAGUGCCAACCACAGAAGGAACAUGACAACUUUGCAAUGGGAAAAGAUCUAGAGAUAGGCCUAUCCAGUAAUAGAGAUUUACAGCGUCAGCACGCUAAUGACUUUUCAACCAAACCAGCAGGAACAAGACAGAAUAAUCUGAUUGAGAUAGGUUCCGGUGAAUUUGACCACCAGAUUGAUGAGGGGCAGCUGAAGUUCAACUAUGAGAGUCCUUCCAGUAAGCUAAAGUACGAUGGUGCUACUGUAACAGGUGUUGUCACUGAUCUCACUGAUCCCCUGAUGGACAGCACACAAUUCGAAGCUUCUAACAGACAGUAUAAGGCCUUAGACAUAAACACUAAAGCCAAUAGUAAUACUCAUGAACUACCAUCUGUGGAGCUCAGUUUGAAAAGACUUAGAGGAGUUAAAGGCACUGAGACAACAGUACAGGAUGACCGCAAUGUCUUAAGACGUUCAGACUCUUCAGCCUUUUCAAGGUAUAACGCAGCCUCAAAUGCUAACAAGGCUCUUUCUGGGCAUGUUGGAAGCAACUCUCCACAAGAUAAUAGUGGGGAAGUUACAAAAAAUGAAUUUUUUCGUGAUAUUCGACCUCAUUCAAGCGAUAACCCUCCUAAUCAAUCCUCGAAUGGAGGCAGCAAUAACAUUGAUAUGGGCUCCACAACUAAUAACGAUGUUCCCAAAUCUCUAGUUAUAAACAAGUCAGCAGCAGCAUCUACAGUCCAACUUCUGCAUCCAUCGUCUGCUUUCCAACCUGUGAAAAAGGACCUUAAGAGUGCUACCCAGCAAGUUUUAGUAGAUAAUGCUAAUAAUGUGGCAACGACAGUAUUGGCUCAUUCAAGAGAUGCCCAGAAGCAACUCCAAAUUCAGAACCUCCAUCAUGAUUAUGAUCACUGUCAGGUCCAUCGCCAUGUUGUCCACACCAUGCAAGGACAACACCUGCCCGAGCAUAACGAUUUGUCUUUGAAGAAAUUGGCUGCAGCUGCUCCGCAUUGUGGAUCGUCCAAUGUUCUGAGUGGGCCUGUUGAAGGUAAUCCGGGAAAUUACAGUGUCAACGGAAGUGCUUCAGGCAGUAACCAUGGGAGCAAUGGGCAAAACGGAAGCACCACUGGAAAAAAUGUAGGUGGUACAAACAUGGAAAGUGAUGUUGCUGGGAAAAGUGGAAGUGGUGAUGCUAGUGGAAAUAGAGUAGAUGAAAACAAGUUCAAGCAGAGAGAAGCUGCCUUGACUAAGUUUCGUCAGAAAAGAAAGGAGAGAUGUUUCCGGAAAAAGGUUCGAUAUCAAAGCAGAAAGAAACUGGCUGAACAACGACCUCGCAUACGGGGACAAUUUGUGCGGCAGACGGUGAGCGAGAACACGGUCAGGACAACAGAUAGCUAAUCCAACACUUUCGAUAAAAUAGGGUUGAAAUUCAGCGUACUUGUGAGUUGUUAUCAGUUACAUGUAUAUGUGCAUUUCUUGUAACUCUUAUGAGCGAGGUUCGUGGUAAAUAUUCAUGUAAAGAAUUGGAGGUGUUGGAGGUGAGAACUCUUAAGACAGACCACACCUUGAAAUGCAUUCCAUUAUUGUGGAUUUCAAGAUGCUUCUUUUACACAGGAGGCCAUCAGCUUUAUGCGAUCAGAGUCUUUAUAUUU